UUGUUGAAGUAGGUGUUGUUUGAGCUGGUGCCUUUAACUUUGGUUUUAUGGUGUUUUGUGGUUUUAGGGAGCCGAGAGGGUUUGGAUUUGUUAAGUACCGUUAUGCUGAAGAUGCAGCUGAGGCGAUGAAGCGAAUGAAUCACAAAGUUAUUGGUGGGCGUGAGAUAACUAUUGUUUUUGCUGAGGAGAACCGUAAAACUCCACAAGAAAUGCGUACAAAUAACCAUUCUAGUGGUCAUGGAGAUUACAAGAGGACUUCACACAGAUCACCAAGGCAUAGAUAUCGUUCUCAUUCACGUUCGCGUUCUCCUCCAAGGCGAGAUUCAAGACACAGUAAAGGAAGAGUGGAUGAUUUGUACUCUCCUCAAAGGUCAAGAUCUAUUUCUCGUUCUCCUUUGCCCCGCAAGGAGAAGAAAGACAAGUCUUAUAAUGUGUCCCAAAGGCCAAGGAGAAACCGUAGAAGUCGUGGAGAGGAGAGGGUGCUUACUCCAAUAAGGUCUCGUAGUCUGUCAAGGUCCCGUUCUCGAUCCUUGAGUCGUUGAUAAAUAACAAGAAGUGGGCUUCUAUGAUGGUCUUCUGGCUUUGAAGAAGACAGCUUUCUUAUUAGUGAAACACUGAAACACUAUAACACAGCUCAAUUUCAUUUGUAAAGAAGUCUUCAAUAUUCUCGAAAAGGCCUAUUUAACUAAA